GCGGGCAACAUGUUCGCGAAACGUCUGCAACGCCGACGACUAUUAUCCAWCGACCGUCGCCAACAUUCAKAGGCCAUCGCCGUGUUUGAUUCAUAGUACCGCGAGUCCACCUGUACAGCGGUCUCGACGUCGUAUUCAUUAUUAWUUCUGCUGAAUUUAUUGCUACAAUUGCAAUUAUUGCUGUAAUCACACAGUACCCACACAUUACAGACUGUGAACAAAUUCAUUUUAACAUCGGAAAGCUAUACUGUUUUCGGCGCCGCGACCAUGCAAAUAGCAGUGCUCCGGGCUGGGUCGUUCUCCGCGGACAACGCCAAACCGACCACAUCGUUAGUGCCGCCGCAGUCUCUGUUACCACAGCCGCCGCACACGUCUUCGUCGUCAUCUUCGAGCCCACCUYCCUUACAGCUAUCGCUCACCGCGGCCCGACGACACACUUCCGUCUCGCCGCAACCACCGUCUUCAACCGCAAGCGGCCACAACUCGUCUCCGCCGCCACCCCAUCAGCCACGGUCAACCGUCGGUGGAUCAACUACAGCAUCAGCGGCUCUACCGCCGUCGUCCGUCACCGGCAGUCCCACCACGGCCGUAGCCACGGUCAGCACGUCCACAGCCGCGGCCGCGGCCGCUGCACCCCCACGGUGCUGCGACACCGGCCGACCCAUAUUCACCGACCCCAUCACCGGGCAGACGGUGUGCUCGUGUCAGUACGACCUGCUCAGCUACCAACGGCUGGCCGCUUCAGGAGUACCGGCCCUGUCUAUGUAUACCGCGCCGUAUCCGGAGGGCAUGGCCGCCUACUUUCCGGCCCUCGGCUCUGACCAGCCCCCGUUCUACUCUGCCGCCGCAGCGGGACUUGAUCUCAAAGAGAACUUGGCAGCUGGAGCUACAUGGCCAUACCACUCGGUCUAUCACCCCUACGAUGCGGCAUUCGGGUACCCUUUCAACGGAUACGGCAUGGACCUGAACGGUGCCAGGCGGAAAAACGCCACUCGAGAGACAACCAGCACGCUGAAGGCUUGGCUUAACGAGCACAAGAAAAACCCGUACCCGACCAAAGGUGAGAAGAUCAUGUUGGCCAUCAUCACCAAGAUGACGCUCACGCAAGUAAGCACAUGGUUCGCCAAUGCCCGAAGGCGGUUGAAGAAAGAGAACAAGAUGACUUGGGAACCCAGAAAUAGAGUCGAAGACGAAGACAACAACAACGAGGAUGACCGGAAGAGCCCAGACCCAAAAGAUCUCGGUCACCAGCGAUCGCCGCACCACCAGCAACUGUCGCCUCCGUCCGUCGGCGGUGCGUCAUCUGGGCACCGACGGCCGCCCGCCGUCCCUGUACCGUCGCUACCCGCUGGUUACGCGCGCCACGAGCAGCUGUACCGAUCCUUUUACGAGGAUCCCGCGGCCGCAGCCUAUCACGCGCGUGCCUUCGGUGGCGGCGCCGGUAUCGUGUUCCAACCGUCCGCGGCCCACCAGCACCAUUUGCACCAUCACCACCAGCAGCAGCAACUGCACUCGGCGGCCGCGGCGGUCGCCGAACCGUCGCCCGCCUCGUCAUCGUCCGACGCCGAAUCCGUCGUGGCUGUCCAGCACGCCGAACGGGCUUGACGUGAAGCGGCUCGACUACAAAACCACACGUAAAUCCAAAGACAAAACAAAAAAAAUAAAUAUAUAAACAUUAUUUUGUAAAUAUUAACGAUAAUAUUAUUUAAGAGUAAACUUU